AUGGGAGAAAUCCUGAAGCCCAACUCCACCUUCCUGCACCCAACUUUCUUCAUACUGACUGGCAUCCCAGGUUUGGGGGAUGCCCAGGCCUGGCUGACGCUGGUGUUUGGGCCCAUGUAUCUGUUGGCAUUGGGAAAUGGAGCACUUCUGACAGUGGUGAAGAUAGAUUCUACGCUGCACCAGCCCAUGUUUCUACUCCUGGCCACACUGGCAGCCACAGACCUGGGCUUAGCCACGUCGACAGCCCCAGGGUUGCUGGCUAUACUGUGGCUAGGGCCCCGACCUGUGCAGCAUGCUGCCUGCCUGGUCCAGAUGUUCUUUGUACAUGCAUUGACCGUUGUGGAAUCUGGUGUGCUUUUGGCCAUGGCCUGUGAUCGUGCUGUGGCAGUGGGGCAUCCCCUGCACUAUUCUCUCUUGGUUACUAAGGCCCGUGUGGGCUACAGCUUGGCACUGGCACUGAAAGCUGUGGCUCUUGUGGUGCCUUUCCCUCUGCUGGUGGCACGAUUUGAGCACUUCCAUGACAAGAUCAUCCGCCAUGCCUACUGUGCACACAUGGCAGUCGUAGAGCUGGUGGUGGGGAACACACAGGCCAACAACUUAUAUGGGCUGGCCCUUUCCCUGGCUGUGUCUGCUGUGGAUAUUCUAGGCAUCGCUGGUUCCUAUGGGCUCAUUGCUUAUGCUGUGCUUCAGUUACCCACCCAGGAGGCCCGGGCCAAGGCCUUCGGUACGUGCACUUCUCACAUCUGCAUCAUCCUGGCUUUCUAUGUGCCUGGUCUCUUCUCCUACCUCACACACGGCUUCGGGCAUCACACUGUGCCAAAGCCCUUGCACAUCCUUCUCUCCAACAUCUAUUUGCUGCUUCCACCUGCCCUCAACCCUCUCAUCUAUGGGAUCCGCACAAAGCAGAUCAGGGACCGACUCACUGAAAUGUUCACAUUCAGAAAAAAGCAGUUUUAG